CGAUGCUGGUGCAGCUCUAACGUUCGUGUAAAUUGUAAUAUCCCAAUAAUUAGCAAGUGAGCCAAAAAGUGUUCGUUUUCCUCUUAUCGCGACGACUGUUAUGCCCAGGGGGUAACAUAGAGAGGAUUCCGUUGAUUACCAGACACGGAGCCAAGGUGUCCGCCUGCCGGAGCAGGUCAAAACAAAGUAAAACGCAAUACCACAGCGAUGGCGACGAGUGUUGAUUGGAUAUAGGAAAUCUGCCAGAAAGGAAAUAUAAGCACCAGUCAACCAUCAGCAAUUAAGUUUACAGUGAGUUCCACGGCCGAAAAGAACUCAAUCGCUGGCAGUGAAACCCAGAUGAGAAAUGCUAAUAGUGCGGAUGGUCUUUACACAUCACAGAAGCAGUGGACACAGCGGACUAGAGCAAUAACAGUAUAGAGGAAAACCCAAUCGUCGCCGGAAGUUGUGUCGUCCUGGGUGGCAGUAUGUCCAGGAGGAGUUGCCACAUAAUUACCCUGCUGGGCUUGUGCCUGGUCUGUCAUGAAGCGGCAGUGGCUAGGGGACAUGUGCUGGUCUAUCGACGAAUCACAAGUCAGUUGAUUGAAGAGUUUAAUGAUCUCCCAGCACAAUUUGGCGCCCAGCUGCCCUCAAAUGGUCUCAAAGUGUAUGUGGUUCCCGCCAAGCGCCCAUAUUUUGGUUGUGUUUCUCUGGAUAGGCCGCCGCAUCUGAAUUAUCCAGCCAAUGCCAAAUUUGUGGCCCUGGUAUCUCGUGGCGGCGAUUGUACUUUUGAGCGCAAGGUGCGAGUAGCCCAGAAUGCCAGCUAUUCUGCUGUGAUUGUCUACAAUAAUGAAGGCGAUGACUUGGAGCAAAUGUCCGCCGAUAAUGCGACGGGCAUCAGAAUACCCUCCGUAUUUGUGGGCCAUACGACAGGCAAGGCGUUGGCCACAUAUAACACACCCGAGGUGGUGCUGAUCAUCAACGAUGAGUUGCCCUUCAACAUCAACACCCAGCUUAUAUUGCCCUUCUCCAUACUUAUCGGCCUGUGCUUCAUCAUAAUGGUUAUCUACAUGAUCUACAAGUGCAUCCGCGAGCAACGUCGCUUGCGUCGCCAUCGACUGCCCAAGAGCAUGCUGAAGAAGCUGCCGGUGCUUCGCUACACUAAGAACAAUGUGAACAACAAGUACGACACCUGCGUAAUCUGUCUGGAGGACUUUGUCGAGGACGAUAAGCUGCGGGUGCUGCCCUGCUCGCAUCCUUAUCACACACACUGCAUCGAUCCCUGGCUCACCGAAAAUCGUCGCGUCUGUCCUAUUUGCAAGCGCAAGGUUUUUACGAAGGGCGAAGCACGUGCAAGUCGGAGUCGACAGCCUUCUUUGGAUAAUGUCACCGAUACGGACGACGAUACCACGCCACUCUUGCAGCAGCAGCAAUCAAACGGCAGGCAGGGAGGAGUCCAGGUGAGCUCCGCCUCCUCCGCUGCUGGUGCAGCUGGCGGCAGCAGCUCAAGUGUGUCAGCGGCUGCUGCUGCGACCGGAACAACACGACACGGAACGUUCCGGCGAGGGGACGCUGGUCGGAACCCUUUUGAGGAGUCCCAGAGCUCGGACGACGAGAAUGCUCUGCUGGAUUCUGCCGUGCGUCCGCCCAACGAGCGCAUUAAUCCCUUCGAUCGUGCGCCCAACCUGCCGGUCCAUCUAGCAGAGCAGUUGGGUGAACGUCGUCCCACGAUUUGGUCUCGCAUCAACUUUGGUUCAUUCUUCCGACGCCAGCCGACUACGAUUAGUGUGGCGGCGCCUCCCUUUCUGGAUCAAGUGGAGUCUGGUACCAUGGGUGCCAUGGGACUGCCGGUGACGGGGACAGUUGCUGUGGCUACGCCCGCAUCGAACAACAUCCUCAAUCCGAAUUUAAGCGGCUCCUUCAAGGACGACGACGAUAUGCCACCGCAUCGCUCGAUCUACGAACCGAUAGCAAUCAGUACGCCUGCCACGGAGACGACGGGGGCCGCCGAUGAUUCGGCUUUCCUGCAAACGCCCACGCAGGGCGGCAUAGGCGUGGCCGCACUGCCGCAUAGCGCCUCCGAUCGCCAGUUUCUCAUAUGAAUAGCGAGUCCUUAGACUGUAGGUUGUCUGUCCAGUCGAUGAUCCUCGAUCCGGAAUGCAGUUUUUCGAUUGGAUUUUCGAUAUAAAUGCUGUGGCUGCCAGCUGCUUUGUUUUAAACAACUAACUAAUGUUUAUUAUUAAUAUUAAUAAAUAUGUAGCCAAACCUUGUGUUGGACUGUGCGCUGCUGUCCCACUUCCAGGGCAUCCUCCCGCAAACACAGACACAAAUACUGACACAGAGACAAAACGCAAACACAAAACACACACAACGUCAUUAUAGGCGUAUACAAAUUGUGAUUUAUUUUAUAUACAUUUUAUAAUUAACCCAAUUGGCUUACUAGAGAGACCGCCGUACCCCCGCCAGCGAUACACCCAACCAAAAAACAGUCAAAGAAAGAAAAUUAGAAAACGAUUUAA